CCACGUUUCUCAGCAUCACCUUCCGUGCAUGCAAUCUUGGUGGCUAAGGGGACAGGGCUGAAUGAAAAGUUCCACCAGACUCGCAGAAGUCACCGCUUAAGCAUCAGACCUGAAUAACCAGGACAGACGUAAGAUCGGGCGACUUUCAGUAGUUCCCGCCUGCCCACGCUGCAGGUUUUUCAGGUCCCUGCUUGAGCGUGCACUCCCAGGAGUAAAUAAACGUGCGAUCAGCAGCCGCGUCAGCCAGCCGGCUAUUUAAACCGACAGGCACCAGCAUCCUCUGCUCCUCAGCCCAGAGCUCGCCCAGUCUUCCAAACGCGCACCGAUCAUGUCGGCGCAGACCGCGAGCGGCCCCACGGAGGACCAGGUGGAGAUCCUGGAGUACAACUUCAACAAGGUCAACAAGCACCCGGACCCCACUACGCUGUGUCUCAUCGCGGCCGAGGCGGGCCUCACGGAGGAGGAGACGCAGAAAUGGUUUAAGCAGCGCCUGGCGGAGUGGCGGCGGUCAGAAGGUCUGCCUUCGGAAUGCAGAUCUGUCACGGACUAGGGAGCCACGCCCUUGAGCUGGCUCUCAGAACUCCACCUGCUCUUCCUUGCCUCAGCUUACCCAGGCUGUUCUGAUGUUUCAGUGCAGUAUUGAAUGUCUCAUUGUUUGCUGUCCUGCUAUUUAACACAAUGUGUUGUUGUUGUUGUUGUUGUUUUAAUGUAUAUAACUAAAAAAAAAAAUAACAGGAAGCUAAAUGCAGUUCUGGGUAAAGCGACAGCUCGGCUAGGGAAAGGGGUGUGGCUUGCAUCUCCCUUUGGAUUUUAAUGAAAGACGAUGUGGGAAUGUUUUUUUUUUUGUUUGUUUGCCCUUGACCAUCAUCACCUUACAGUACCAAUUCAUAUGUACCAUCCACUUCAGAGUUUGCCUGACUUUUAUUGAAAAGAUACCAGAACAGGCAGGGGCACGCCUCCUGAGUCCACUUCCCUGUGCCCGUUCCUUUUGCUUCACUAAACACACUGGUGAUUGACUGAGAUCGUGGGUGUAUUUGAGUCAUUCAAAUGUUAUAUAUUUGAAAUAUAUAUAUAUAUAUAUAUAUAUAUAUAUAUAUAUAUAAAACAGUUCCUUCUCUUACAACUGUGUUACCUUGGAAAGCAACCUAGUUUAGCAGUUACAGAUUCCAGGGGGCAGGAAAACAAGUAGCUAAGAAAAAAAAAAGUUACAGAGUCUAGAAUUUACCUUAUUUAAAUGAACUUGUUAAAUUUAUUUUGAUGAAUAAAAUGAACUGCUUUUUGUCUUAAAAAUUAUAUUCUAAAUAAAAAAAACUUUUAAGUUGAA